AUGGAGGGCGACGGGGUCCGGUGGGGGGACGAGCCGGUGUCGGGUCCCGGCCCGGGAGGCGGCGGGAUGACCCGGGACCUGUGCCGCAGCUUCGGCCGCUACCGCCGCUACCUGGGCCGGCUGCGGCAGAACCUGCGAGAAACCCAGAAGUUCUUCCGCGACCUCCAGGGCUCGCACAGCCACAGAGCCUUUUCUGACUGGGAUGUUCUCCUGAUAUCUCCUUCCACCAAGAGCUUCCUAGGAAUUUCUUCUCUGGGGCCCUGGCCCCCUGAUGGGGUCUCUGGGCGAGUCUCUCUCCACCCCCUCACUCCUCUCCCUCCUCCCCUUCCCCAACCAGGCCAGCUGAGCUGCAUUUCCUUCCCACCCAAGGAAGAGAAGUCCCUGCAGCAGAUGGUGGACUGCCUCCCCUGCAUCUUGAUCCUCGGCCAGGAUUGUAAUGCCAAGUGCCAGCUAUUGAACCUGCUCUUGGGGGCGCAGGUGCUUCCCGCCACCAAGCUGGGCAGUGAGGAGAGCUGUAAGCUUCGGCGCCUCCGCUUCACCUAUGGGACUCAGACUCGGGUCAGCCUGGCGCUCCCCGGCCAGUAUGAACUAGUCCACACUCUGGUCGCUCACCAGGGCACCUGGGAGACCAUACCUGAGGAGGACCUGGAGGUCCAAGAGGACAGUGAGGAUGCUGCCCAUGUGUUAGCCGAACUGGAGGUGACGAUGCACCAUGCUCUCUUACAGGAAGUGGACGUUGUGGUAGCUCCGUGCCAAGGCCUCCGGCCCACCGUGGAUGUCCUGGGUGACUUGGCGAAUGAUUUCUUGCCUGUGAUAACCUAUGCACUCCACAAAGACGAACUCUCCGAGAAGGAUGAGCGAGAGCUUCAGGAAAUCCGAAAGUAUUUCUCUUUUCCCAUAUUCUUUUUCAAAGUGCCCAAGCUGGGCUCCGAGAUAAUUGACUCCUCCACCAAAAGGUUGGAGAAUGAAAGAUCACCUCUUCAUCGCCAACUCAUCGACCUGGGCUAUCUGAGUGUCAGUCACUGUCACUGGGGGGCCCCUGGCCAGGACACCAAAGCUCAGAGCAUGCUGGUGGAACAGAGUGAGAAGCUGAGACACUUGAGCACAUUUUCUCACCAGGUGCUACAGGCUCGCCUGGUGGACGCAGCCAAGGCCCUGAACCUGGUGCACUGCUGCUGCCUUGACAUCUUUAUUAACCAGGCCUUUGACAUGCAGCGGGACCUGCAGAUUACCCCCAAACGUCUGGAAUAUACGCGGAAAAUGGAGAAUGAGUUGUAUGAAUCAUUGAUGAAUAUUGCCAACCGGAAGCAGGAGGAAAUGAAGGACAUGAUCGUGGAGACGCUUAACAGCAUGAAGGAGGAACUUUUGGAUGAUGCUGCCAACAUGGAGUUUAAAGAUGUGAUUAUCCCCGAGAAUGGGGAACCAGUGGGCACCAGAGAGAUCAAAUGCUGCAUUCGACAGAUCCAGGAACUCAUCAUCUCCCGACUGAAUCAGGCGGUAGCUAACAAGCUGAUCAGUUCGGUGGAUUACCUACGCGAGAGCUUCGUUGGAACCCUGGAACGGUGUCUGCAGAGCCUGGAGAAGUCUCAGGAUGUCUCAGUUCACAUCACCAGUAAUAAUCUCAAGCAGAUCUUAAAUGCCGCCUAUCACGUCGAAGUCACAUUUCACUCAGGGUCCUCAGUUACAAGGAUGCUGUGGGAGCAAAUCAAACAGAUCAUCCAGCGCAUCACAUGGGUGAGCCCACCUGCCGUCACACUAGAAUGGAAGAGGAAGGUGGCCCAGGAAGCCAUUGAGAGCCUCAGUGCCUCCAAGUUGGCCAAAAGCAUUUGCAGCCAGUUCCGCACCCGGCUUAAUAGUUCUCAUGAGGCUUUUGCAGCCUCCUUGAGGCAGCUGGAAGCUGGCCACUCAGGCCGCCUGGAGAAAACUGAGGAUCUGUGGCUGAAGGUUCGGAAAGAUCACGCCCCCCGCCUGGCCCGCCUUUCUUUGGAGAGCCGUUCUUUACAGGAUGUCUUGCUGCAUCGUAAACCUAAACUGGGACAGGAACUGGGCCGGGGCCAGUAUGGUGUGGUAUACCUGUGUGACAACUGGGGGGGACACUUCCCUUGUGCCCUCAAGUCGGUGGUUCCUCCAGAUGAGAAGCACUGGAAUGACCUGGCCUUGGAGUUUCACUACAUGAGGUCUCUGCCGAAGCAUGAGCGAUUGGUGGACCUGCAUGGUUCUGUCAUCGACUACAGCUACGGUGGUGGCUCCAGCAUCGCCGUGCUGCUCAUUAUGGAGCGGCUGCACCGGGACCUCUACACCGGGCUGAAGGCUGGGCUGACCCUGGAGACACGUUUGCAGAUAGCACUAGAUGUGGUGGAAGGAAUCCGCUUCCUGCAUAGCCAGGGACUUGUCCACCGUGAUAUCAAACUGAAAAAUGUGCUGCUGGACAAGCAGAACCGAGCCAAGAUCACUGACUUAGGAUUCUGCAAGCCAGAGGCCAUGAUGUCAGGCAGCAUUGUGGGGACGCCAAUCCAUAUGGCCCCUGAGCUUUUCACAGGGAAGUAUGAUAAUUCCGUGGACGUCUACGCUUUUGGCAUUCUUUUCUGGUAUAUCUGCUCAGGCUCUGUCAAGCUCCCUGAGGCAUUUGAGAGGUGUGCCAGCAAAGACCAUCUCUGGAACAAUGUGCGGAGAGGGGCCCGCCCAGAACGCCUUCCUGUGUUUGAUGAGGAGUGCUGGCAGCUGAUGGAAGCCUGCUGGGAUGGCGACCCCUCUCAGAGACCCCUCUUGGGCAUUGUGCAGCCCAUGCUCCAGGGCAUCAUGGACCGGCUAUGCAAGUCCAAUUCUGAGCAGCCAAACAGAGGUCUAGAUGACUCUACUUGAAAGCAAAGACCUUUCUCUUUCACACUCUUUUUUUCCUUCCCCUCACCUUUUGGCCAUGGGGAGAAUUUGACAGCUGUUCAUUAAGAGUGUCCCAGGGGAAUCGAUGCUUGCUGGGCAGCUUGGGACCUCCGCAGGCAGAGAGGACUCCUGGAUAGUGCAGUCCGAUGGCUGAGCAUAUCCUGCAGUUCACUGAUGCCCCAAGCUGUUUCUUUAGCAAAAGAUUGUCUAGGACAUGGGUAAAAAGCUGAAGAAGGCAAUGUCCCAGCCUCAGAACUGAAAAGGAGGUAAAUGUUACCAUUGUCUCUUCACUGUAUGUUUCUAAGGCGAGUGGGACACUGCAUUGGCAAUAGAAUUAAAAACUGUAAUUUUCGUAGUUUUGGCUUCACCUAGGGAUAGUUUGGCUCUAUCCAGUUUUCAGGACCCUUAGAAAAUUUAAGCCUAGUUCUGGAAUUGUGAAAACAUAGGAGCAAAAAUAUAACUUGUGAAUGGCUGUUCCUGUUACCUGCACCCAGAGAUCUCAGGCUGCAUCAGCUAGAGGCCCCAGAGAUGAAGCUAGAAACAAAGCUAUCUGUUCCUUCCAGUACCGGUGUGUUUACAUUUAUAGGACCACAUAGCCCUGACUUCUGGGAGAGGGUUUCACAGUACAUCACCAAGGAGCCCCAAAAAAGAAAAAAGUGUGUGUGUGUGUGCUCGCGCAUGCGUGGGUAUAAGCUAUGGGAUUUUGAGUUACUGCUACUCCUAGAACAGAAUCUCUUCUACCCUUGGGUCUUCAUUUUGUUUCUCUCUUUAGUCUCAAGAUGGGGAAGCUCUAGUUAACAUGGUACUUAGGGGUGAGUGUCUGAGUAAAACUGACCCAGUGUGAAGUAUUUGGUGAGACCGAGAAAGUGGACAGUGAUCUGGAGGCCGUGGGUCUCCAUACAAACCCACUAGAAGGAUGCCAGCUUGUUUUUUAAAACUUAAAAAAAUCAGAAACUCUUUUUGUGUGUGUUUGAAUCUAACACUCUGAUGUUUUUAAACUUGAUCAGCGAGCUUUUUAACCUAGGUUUCUUCUGUAACUUGUCCCUUCUUUUUUCCUUAUUUUUAACGUAAUGUCAGAAGAAAAGAGUCAGAUGAAAGAGAACACUUUUUGGAGCUCUGCGUGUGCCCCUCACCCCUGUGUGUUCGUGUCUGCGAAGGGCCCCCCCCUUGCGUUCGGAAGGUGGGGUGGUGGUCUUUGGGAGAAUUUGUCAUGAAGUGUACAUAAAAAGAGAAAUUCUUAUGCCAGUCAAAGGAAGGGGAACACUUUAAACACCGGUGCAUCUCAGAUCUUGAUUCAAUCCUCCCUUAACCAAAUGGUCCAUUAGGUUUAGAGAAAUAAUGUAGAUGAAGGAAUGGACAGUGGAGGUGAGUAACCUCCUCCGUCUGCCGAAGCCCCAGCACUGUGGUCUGUCCCCUCGGCCUAGCCCCAAACCGCGUGAAACAGGCCCCUGCGUAGGUGUGUAAGGUAAUGGGCAGAUUUGCUGCUGGAAUUUUCUAGGGUGGUUUGCUACAGAAUGACCAUCUCUUAAACAUUAACAGGGUAUAAAUGGAGUCUACAAAAAUUUUUUUGUAUAACUUUUGAAGUUCAGUUUUUAGCCCUGGCUCUCCUGGGCUCUAAUUAUGAUACAUGUGAGCAUAGUAGCCCCCUGAGCACUCGUAGCCCUUCAGAAACCCAUCUAGUGCUAGAAACUUUGUUACUUGCAAAUGACAAGUUGACUGACCCAGUGGUUUUGGGUUCUGUAGGCCCUGUUUUGGUGGAAUGUUCAGUGUAUCUGUUAGAAUUGUUAAUGCUCAUUUAGCUGUACUGUAAGUCUCUCUAUUUUUGUCAGCAUUAGCUCGUAGCCCUUCUGAGGACUUGAUGGGCCUUCCCGGAAGCCAUGUUUCAAGUUUAAAAAGUAGAGGCGGGUAGUCUCUACUAGACGGAAAAUCAGUGUAAGUCUUAUUCUGUAUGAAAUUUCAAGAAAGCUUUUAUAUAGUUCUCUUUUCCAGGAAUUUCAAGAAAGCUUUUAUAGAGUUCCUCUUUUCAGUCUUUUAAACUCUGACUAUAAUUAGGAGUCUGUGCUCCCGAUGUGGAGACCACAUUCCUAACAUUCUUAGCAAGUCUUAGUUCAUACCCCCAUUCACACAUGGAGGGUAGGUUUUUCUCCACCCAGGGUCCCUUUUCAGUUUCUCCCCGUGGCUUGGUCUGCUCUCAGACAUCAGUUUUCUAGCAGAUUGCCCACAUUUUUUUGCCUGAGCGGGGAGGGAGGGGCUAAUGGAUGAGUAGUUAGUUGUGUUACAGUUCAUUAAAUUAAAAAAAUUUAUUCUGAGAAAAGGUGCAGACUAUUCCUGAAAGUCUCCAGGCCAGCCGAAGUCCACAUGUUGACAUUUGGAGGUGGUACUGAAACACUCAGCGGGCUGAGUGCAGGAAUACAUAUGUAUCACACGUGUGUACUUUGCUUUUGUCCUACAACAUUGUCAGCAAAUUUUAGAUUCUUUGUUCCUUGGCACCCAUUAUUAUUAAAGUGAUGGAACGCCGUGAAAUGUACUGUAUUACUUGGGAAGAUACUAGGUAUUAAAGAAGUUUGGUGGCACUUUGGCUCUUAAGGGCUCAGCAAGACCAAAGUCUGAAGAUUUUACCUCCCAGCUUUGGCUGUCUGUGCUCCCAAGUGGUGAGGCGACUGUGGCUGGUGGAGGAAGAAGGAUGGGGUGAGAGAACUGCCCUGUGUUCUGUCCUUCCAGCCAGUUUCAUUCGGGCUGUUUACCCCAGCCCGAAAGUGAUCGCCUGGCCGUUGUUAAUGCACUUGAAGUCUGAUCGCUUAUGUUGCUUCAGAAGUGAGUGGGGGACCUUCCUGCAGAGCAGUCGGAAGGAGUGGAGUCUGGAGUCGGGAGUGGCUGGCCCUGGGCCUAGGGAGCCAGCAGCAAGGUCAGUCACGGGCGGAGGUUUCCGCAGGCGUGCCCUAGUUCCCUUGAUCCUCUGCAGAGAGUGGCUCGUUGAUGACAAAUCUUUCACAUCUCUGGAAAGGACUGAGCUGGUUCUUCCCAGACCAAAGAGGGUCACUUGUGACUGCAUCAAUUUCAGGGGGACAGUGUGUAGGCAGCAGCUUCUCCUAAUUUUUAACACUAAAAAUCAAGGAAACAGUGAAGGAAAGGAUGCAUUACUACCACGGAUAGAAAUAGGGGAAUGGUGGGACUCUCAACUAGUGCCUGCCAGCUCUCCCAUGCAUUUUUUUGCAUCUUGAGCUGCCAAAGGUGUUGGAAACGUUUUUUUGUUGCCGGAGAAGUGGUUGGGGCUGCAACAUGAUAACCGCACUGAGUGACACUUUAUUUUUUGGUUUUUAUUCAGCCCUGACAAGCGAAGGGGGAUUGGUGGUUACAGUAGCACUAGGGGGAAUAGAGACUCCCGCUGCCUUGCUUUGGCAAGAAGGCAUGCUUGCUGUUCUCUCUGGCUAAGGGAACCUGCGGACUCCACCGUGCACCAGAGUGAGCUAAACGCCCUCCAAGAGUCCAUUGCCAAGAGGGGAGUUUCUUUGAAAUGUCAGAGCUUGAUUUUGGGAUUUGCUGGAUCAAAUAACCCACUUUCUCUUUAAAAGAAAAAAAAAAAGAGAGUUUAUUCUUCUAAAUAUGGAGGUGGGGUGGGGUGGUUAGGGCUAGUGUGGACCUUAAUAGGUAAGGAGGGAGUAAUCUUCAGAAACUUAUAUUGCAAACUCCCUUGGGGGUUUCAAGUAGCACUACUGUUCUUACAAGGGUUUUCUUUUUAACUGCAUCUGUUUUGUUAACAUCCAGUCCAGUUGAGAUGAUCGCAGGGACCAUGUGAACCUGGCACUGGGUAGGCCUUCUUCCCCAGAGGGUUGAAAAGAAAAGUGGUCUGGACAGCUUGUUGUCUUUCAUCUUUAUGUAAUAUUUUUGUUUGUUUUAAAGCACUAAUGUUUAUUACAGUGUUAAAUAAAAAUGUAACAUACUAAGUGUGUAGAAUAAAAGUGCAAUAACAAGAGAAAUUACUUGGCAAAAACUUCAGUCCUUACACGCUCUCCUUUCUUGUGCUACCUGUCUCUUUCCACAUUGUUACAUUUCCAUGUUGUUAUAGCGGGACCCUGUUAAUUGUGUGUAUUUUUAAGAGACGCAAUUAAGGGAUGAGUCUUCACUUUGUGUAAUUUUAAAGGGUUGGGUUUGGUUUUAUAGAGUAUUCUGUAUACUUGUUUGGAUGCACAAAUACCAGAAGUGCUGUAUAAUAAAGAUCACAUUAACGUUUUA